CAUCCACAUAUCAAGCGACCCAUGAACGCGUUCAUGGUGUGGUCGAGAGGACAACGGAGGAAGAUGGCCCAGGAAAACCCCAAGAUGCACAACUCGGAGAUCUCCAAGAGAUUGGGCGCCGAGUGGAAGUUGUUGACGGAGAUGGAGAAGAGACCGUUCAUAGACGAGGCGAAGAGAUUGAGAGCGCUUCACAUGAAGGAACACCCGGACUAUAAGUACCGUCCCCGCCGGAAACCCAAGUCCCUGGUUCAGAAGAAGGAGGUAUCCAAGUACAACGGCUUCACCCUGGACCCUGGGCAACUUCCGAGGAGUCUGCUGCCUCCCCCGCCUCCUCUGCUGCCCCCGGACGCGGACCUCAAGUUCCCGAGGACGCUCUUCCCUCCGUUCCACUACCCCUUCUACCACGCCGCCAAGAUGCACGCUGAGGAACUUGGGAAUGGUAAGAUGGCGGCGGACCUAGCACUCCAGGCCCUCUACGGCAGCUCACUGUACUCUCACGCAGCGGCUGCGGCGGCCGCCUCCUGGCCAACGUCUCUCACCUCCACCCCGGCCUCCCUGGUACCCUGUGGCUGCCCCUCGGACACUCCACCCAGCCCCACGGGCUCCGACGUCAAGCGGCCCGUCGCCUAUCUGCUCAUGAAGCCCGAGGACAACCCGCGCUACUCGCCUCAACACGUCAUAUGAAGACCGCUCCCAGUCCUCCCCGAGGUAUCUCGGGGGGGACUGGGCCCAGGUUUAUGGCCCCCCUGGUGGGCCCCCAGCACAGCUACUUCCGCCGCCAGUCCCCCAGCACCUCCAUGUAGCCCCCCAACAUCAUCUGACUGAGCCCCUCUACACGAGUCUGGAGACAAAGGUGUAUAAGGUUGGCUGAGCUUGGUGUGAGGAUGGCGAACUAUAAACUGAGAUUGUGAUAAUUUGUGUUUAGAGAAUGUGAUUUCAUGUUAAUAAUUAUUUAGUAUUGAUUAUUUUCUGAAAAUUGAGUUAACCAAACCGAAAUUUGGAUGGUCACCAAUAGUAUAGUACUGGGAAUAAUGUAUACCUUGUAAUUGUAAAUUAAACAAACAAGUGUAAAAAACUGACCUAGUUACCAAUUAAAAUUAACCCUUGUGAUUAGUUUUUCGCCGCCUUCUUCAUUUAACGAUCAAUUUCCUUAAAUAAAAAUAAUGCAGAUUUAUAUGUAUUCCUUGAUUAUCCAUUUAAGCAUAAGCCAAUAAGUGUUUUGCUAAAUUAAUUUCUUGAUUAUUAUUGGAUUAUUUUCGUUGAGAUACAAAAAAAGACUUUCGUCAUUUUGGCAUACGCAACCAAAAGCGUCAAGUGAAAUGAUUCCAAGCCAUUAAUUCAUUUGACAGCCUUUGAGGUAAAAACGAAUAACUACUUAAAAUGUUAGGCUGGUUAUGAGUUAGAGUUAUUGUAAAACGCGUGGGUGACUAAAGUAAAAUCGGAAUACUAGUUCUACAAUACUUGGGUUUU